AUGCUCAAGAACACAUUUUCCAUCCCAGGAGCAAGCAAGCCUGAACACAUAUUUUACAAUACAAAUUGUGAUGCAAAACAACAGGCAGACACAUCAGGUGAUCCAUGGUUUCAAGACGUGGGCAUGUGCGUUGACAUCUGGCAUUUCCUGAACAAACACAAGGUGACACAUGAGUUCUGCCAACUAAAUUGCAACCCAGCAAUGUACCCUGAGCUACAGGAUGAUGACGGGAACUGGUUUUUCAACACGUCGGUUGCAGGGCAGACAAAUACAUGGCUUGGCGGAUACAGCUCAAUCAUCAGAGAGAUGCUCCCUGACAAGUAUGAUUUUUUCCUUGACGAAAUGAUCAGGCUCCAUAAUGCCGAAGUGCUCCAGAGGUUGGAGAAGGAGGGACACUGCCCUCGUAUUUUGUAA